CCGGAUUUUGAUGUUGAUCACUUUGUGUCAGACUGCAGGAAACGCGUGCAGUUGGAAGAGCUCAGAGAGGAUCUGGAGCUCUAUUACAAACUCCUUAAAACUGCCAUGGUUGAACUCAUAAAUAAGGACUACGCAGAUUUUGUUAAUCUCUCAACAAAUCUAGUUGGCAUGGACAAGGCCCUUAAUCAGCUUUCAGUACCCUUGGGACAGUUAAGGGAAGAAGUUAUGAGUCUUAAGUCAUGUGUCAGUGAAGGAAUUCAAGCAGUAGAUGACCGAAUGACUAAACAGGAAGAUAUUAGAAGAAAAAAGAUGUGUGUCCUGAGACUUAUUCAUGUUAUUCAGUCUGUUGAGAAAAUUGAAAAGAUUCUGCAUUCCCAAGGCACUAAAGAAUUGUCCUCAUUAGAGGGAAACAGCCCACUUUUAACUGGACAGGUUUUAGAGAGAAUUGCCACAGAAUUUAAUCAACUACAAUUUCAUGCAGUACAAAGCAAAGGAAUGCCCCUUUUGGACAAAGUGAGACCACGUAUAGCUGGAAUAACAGCUAUGUUGCAGCAGUCUCUGGAAGGGCUGCUCUUGGAAGGCCUUCAAACUUCAAAUGUUGAUAUAAUACGUCACUGUCUUCGCACUUACGCAACAAUUGACAAAACACGAGAUGCUGAGGCAUUAGUUGGUCAAGUGCUUGUAAAACCUUAUAUAGAUGAGGUGAUUGUGGAACAGUACGUUCAAUCUCAUCCUAAUGGCCUUCAGGUUAUGUACAAUAAACUAUUGGAGUUUGUUCCUCAUCAUUGCCGUCUCUUGCGUGAAGUAACAGGGGGAGCUAUUUCAAGUGAAAAAGCAGAUAUUGUUCCUGGAUAUGAUUUCUUAGUGAAUUCAGUGUGGCCAGAAAUAGUACAUGGUUUAGAAGAGAAAUUGCCAUCACUGUUUAACCCUGGAAACCCAGAUGUGUUUCAUGAG